AUGAGAGGAGAGGUCCUCGAGUGGAAGUCCAAGUUUGGUUGGAUCAAGGCUCAUAGCUCCAUUGACCAUCCGCUGCUGGAGAAGCACCGAGGCAAGAUCUAUGUCAACGUGAUUGACCUCUUGAACCGAGACUCCUUAGCACCGGGCGACACCUGUGAGUUCCAGCUGUUCUCCGACGUCAGCGGGCUGGGCGCCGAAGAGUGUUGGGUCCUGGGCGGCGAUGAUGAGGACGACUGGAGCCAGUGGAACAAUGAAGGUUGGGACUUCGAGUCCGACUGGAAUGAUUGGAUCAAAGAAGAGGAGGAUGAAGACUGGCAAGAAGGUGAGUGGCCCGAUGAGGAAGUGCCGGAGGAGAUGAAGAUCGACCUUUGA